AUGUCGUUUCGAAAGAGGAAUACAGUGAUUGGCGUCUCUGGCGCCGCACCAGAAGCACAGCAAAAGAAAGUCUCAGUCCCGGGAACUCGGCCUUCCCCUCAUGACGGACGACUCACCACCUCCACGGGAACUUCUUCCUUGGAUCAGCUACUCGCGGGCCAUGCUGGACUGCCCCUGGGCACAAGUCUCCUCCUCGAGGAGUCUGGGACAACCGAUUUUGGAGGCAUCUUGCUUCGCUACUUUGCCGCUGAAGGGCUGAUUCAGGGUCAUGCUGUCCAUGUGCUGGGAUUCGGGGACCAUUGGCGGCGUGAGCUUCCGGGGCUGGCUGCCGAGGGCCGGUCCAAGGAGAGCAGGAGCUCCGGUUCAUCGGACAGCAAGAUGAAGAUUGCUUGGCGAUAUGAGACGCUGGGCAGCAGAGCGGCGCCCUCAAGAGACUCAACGGAAGGCAUGGCCCCUUUUUGUCACACGUUUGAUCUCACAGCGAGGUUGGACGACAGCGUCGCCCAGGGGCAGUUUCACACCACGCGAGGGACUGCCAUGGACUCAAGCCAGUCGAUAUUCCGGCGCUUCAUUAGCGACGUCACCACCAAGAUCAAGAGCUCGCCUCCCACGAGCAUCCACAGAAUCGUCAUUCCCGGCUUACUCUCCCCAACGAUAUAUCCGCCCUCGGCUUCCCGCCCGCAAGAGGUGUUGCAGUUCUUACACCAAAUCCGAGCCCUUUUGCGACAGUACCCAUCGAGGAUUGUCGCCAUGAUGACACUACCUACCUCGCUCUAUCCCCGUUCAACAGGGCUGAUUCGACGGGCGGAGCUGAUAUGCGAUGGCGUACUGGAGCUGAUACCGCUUCAGCAGCAGCCUCACCAUCCUCCCGAACGAAGCUCGGCCAACGACACCAAGGCGCAGGGGCUCUUCAGAAUACAUUCGCUGCCCAUAUUCCAUGAAAAGGGGGGCGGAUUGGAGGGAAGCUGGGUGAAGGAGGACAUGUCGUUUAAGCUGAGUGCUUCGAGCGGGCUGAUCAUCGCGCCGUACAGCCUGCCACCUCUGUUGGAUGAGGACGGGUCUUCGAAUGCGCCAGCAAAUGACAGCAAGCCAAAGCUUGAUUUUUAG